CCUAUGAGGCCCCUGUCGCCGGUCGGCGAUGUCCGGCUGGAGCUGUCGCCGCCGCCGCCGCCGCCGCUGCCGCUGCCGGCUGUGAGCGGGUCUCCGGUCGGGUCGUCCGGGCGUCUCAUGGCCGCUAGCAGCUCCCUGGUGCCCGACCGGCUGCGCCUGCCGCUGUGCUUCCUCGGCGUCUUUGUCUGCUAUUUCUACUAUGGGAUCCUUCAGGAAAAGAUAACAAGAGGAAAGUAUGGGGAGGGAGCCAAGCAGGAGACGUUCACUUUUGCCUUAACUUUGGUCUUCAUUCAGUGUGUGAUCAAUGCUGUGUUUGCCAAGAUCUUGAUCCAGUUUUUUGACACUGCCAGGGUGGAUCGUACCCGGAGCUGGCUCUAUGCCGCCUGUUCUGUCUCCUAUCUGGGUGCCAUGGUCUCCAGCAACUCGGCACUACAGUUUGUCAACUAUCCGACUCAGGUCCUUGGUAAAUCCUGCAAGCCAAUCCCAGUCAUGCUCCUUGGAGUUACCCUCUUGAAGAAGAAGUACCCAAAGGCCAAGUACCUGUGUGUGUUGCUAAUUGUGGCCGGAGUGGCCCUUUUCAUGUACAAACCCAAGCAAGUAGUUGGGAUGGAAGAACACACAGUUGGCUACGGAGAACUGCUUCUGUUAUUGUCUCUGACCCUGGAUGGACUGACAGGCGUUUCCCAGGACCACAUGCGGGCUCAUUACCAAACAGGCUCCAACCACAUGAUGUUGAAUAUCAACCUUUGGUCGACAUUGCUGCUGGGAGCUGGAAUCCUGUUUACUGGGGAGCUCUGGGAGUUCUUGAGCUUUGCCGAAAGGUACCCUACCGUCAUCUAUAACAUCCUGUUCUUUGGCCUGACCAGUGCCCUGGGUCAGAGCUUCAUCUUCAUGACAGUUGUGUAUUUUGGCCCCCUGACCUGCUCCAUCAUCACCACGACUCGAAAGUUCUUCACCAUUUUGGCCUCUGUGAUCCUCUUCGCCAACCCAAUCAGCCAACUGCAGUGGGUGGGCACCGUACUCGUGUUCUUGGGUCUCGGUCUCGAUGCCAAGUUUGGGAAAGGAGCCAAGAAGACAUCCCACUAGGAAGAGAGAGACUACCUCCACUUCAAGAAUAUUUAAGUUAUUAUCUCAAAUAUGGACAUCUCUUGGGCAAAUGGACACAAUAGGGAUAAAGGACUGGGUUCCAGUCUGUUUUUGGUU